UCGGCGUGUUAGGCAAGUUAAUGAAGAACCAUGGCGUCGUAUGAGGAACAACUUUGUACGAGGACAACGAGCGACGAGCGACAACAACUGGACGCGAAAAUGCUGUUUUACGUCCAAGGGUCGCGGGCGUGCUGGAGCCUAUCCCAGCUAUCAUCGGGCAGGAGGCGGGGUACACCCUGAACUGGUCGCCAGCCAAUCGCAGGGCACAUAUAAACAAACAACCAUUCGCACCUACGGACAAUUUAGAGUCUUCAAUCAACCUACCGUGCAUGUUUUUGGGACGUGCGAGGAAACCGGAGUACCCAGAGAAAACCCACGCAGGCACGGGGAGAACAUGCGAACUCCACACAGGCGGGGCCGGAAUUUGAACCCCAGUCCUCAGAACUGUGAGGCAGAUGUGCUAACCAGUCGCCUAAAUGUACAGUUAAAGGAUAUUUUUCUAGUUUAUAAUACUCUUAUCAACAAAUAAGUUUACCUUUUGCAAAUAUAUUUAUUAUCGCAACAUUUCAAAUUAAAGCCCAACAAAAAACAACAGAUGGGCAUGUACUGUAAAACUGUAUUGUACUGUACUGUAACUGUUACUGUAAAACUAAACACAAAAUGAAAAAAAUUACACACAUUGUACAUUUAAAUACAACACAUACUCCAUUUAACAAACAAAUCGCAUCGUUAGAAAAAUCGCCAGCUUAACGCUAACACACAAUGUAAACCGCCAUUGACAGGCUAACACAAAAUUAGCAAAGAAAUCAUGGCAAAUGUUCUCAAAUAGCAAAUCUUCACACUCUAACGCUUUUCAGAACACAUACUGACAGAUAAUAUAACGAUAUAACUUAGUAACUCGCUUGUUUUGCUUUGGAAGUUUACAUGACUACUGAAGUUUCUUGCAUGUAUGUUGCUUUUCAAGCCUUCCGAGGAGAGGAGGAGGAAAAAGAGGUUCCACCCCCCCCUUGUGUUAAAGAGGAAGAGGAGGACCCAGAGUGCCCUCACGUUAAAGAGGAAGAGGAGGUGUUGGAUGUCAGCGAGUUGCCGUUAACUGUUGUCGUCGUGAAGAGCAAAGAUGAUGAAGACGAAGCACCCGAGUGGUCACAGCUUCAUCAUUCCAGUGCAAGUGGAGGGAAGUGUGGAGCACUACCAGCAGACAACCUCGUAGCUCCACUGUCACAGAGUGAAGACAUAGAAGAAGCUUUUAGGAAUGACGCAGACAAACACUUGAAAACCUCUGGAAAGAAGACAACCGACUUGGAUCAAAAACCCUUUAACUGCUCAGUUUGUGGUAAAGUCCUUUCUUAUAAGCGCAGUUUGAACGCGCACAUGAGAACACACACAGGGGAAAAACCUUUUAGCUGCUCCGUUUGUGGUGAAUGUUUUCUUCGAAAGGGAAACAUGAUUAGACACUUCAAGACACACUCGAAAGAAACACCUUUCAGCUGCUCAGUUUGUAGCGAAAGCUUUUCACAUGUGUGUAGUUUAAAUAAACACACGAAAACGCAUACAGAAGAAAAUAAAUUUACUUGUUCAGUUUGUGGGAAAAGUUUUCCUCGAAAAGGAAAUAUGGUAAGACACAUGAGAACGCAUGCAAGAGCAAAACCUUUUCGUUGCUCCCUUUGUGGCGAUACAUUUACACAAAAGGUCUCAUUGAUUGCACACACAGCGACACACAAGGGAGAAAAACCUUUCACUUGCUCAGUUUGUGGUGAGUGGUAUUCUCACAAGCGCAGUCUUAAAGUACACAUGCGGACGCACACAGGAGAAAAACGCUUCAGUUGCUCCGUAUGUGCUGAAUGUUUUACGUAUAAGCACAAUUUGAUGGCACACAUGGCAACACACACGGGAGAAGAAGCUUUUAGUUGUUCAACUUGUGCUAAAGGCUUUACUUGUAAGCAAAAUAUGAACAUGCACAUGAGGACUCACACGGGAGAAAAACCUUUUGCGUGCUCCAUUUGUGGCGAAAGCCUUUCUUAUAAGCAGAGUUUGAAAGUACACAUGCGGACACACACAGGAGAAAAACCCUUUAGUUGUUCAGUUUGUGGUGAGAAAUUUGCUCUAAAGGUGACUUUGAUUGCACACAUAGCAACACACACCGGAGAAAAACCCUUUACCUGUUUGGUUUGCAGCGAAAGCUUUAACUAUAAGCACAAUUUAAAAUCACACAUGCAGACGCACACGGGAGAAAAAACCUUUAGUUGUCUGUUUUGUGGAAAAAGAUUCAGUCAAAAGUCAAAUAUGACGACACAUAGGAGGACCCACACAGGAGAAAAACCCUUUUGUUGCUUGGUUUGCGGCAGUAAAUUUGGUCACAAAGUGUCUUUGAAUGCGCACAAGCAGACACACGAUGUAAAAUAAACAUUCACCUGCCUGGUGAUGCAAAAACAUUUUUUCCUAUCAUGUCUUAUGCGUACUAUUGGAUUAAAUGUUUUGGGACUUCA